AUGACGAGGGUUUAUGUCGGGAAUUUGGACCCGCGAGUCUCCGAAAGGGAACUCGAAGAUGAAUUUAGGAUCUUCGGUGUUCUUCGCAAUGUCUGGGUUGCUCGUAGGCCUCCAGGCUACGCUUUCCUUGAAUUCGAUGACGAGAGAGAUGCUUUGGAUGCAAUUAGGGCACUCGAUGGGAAGAAUGGGUGGCGUGUGGAGCUUUCUCACAAAGAUAAGGGAGCUCGUGGAGGCGGAGACCCGCGCAGCAGUAUUGCAGACUCCAAGUGCUAUGAGUGUGGCGAACCUGGGCAUUUUGCUCGUGAGUGUCGCCGAGGUCGGGGCUAUGGGAGGCGUAGAAGCCCUAGCCCUCGCCGUCGUAGGAGUCCAAGCUAUGGAUAUGCACGAAGGAGUAUCAGCCCUCGUGGAAGAAGAUCUCCUCCAAGACGUCGCAGUGUAACACCACCUCGCCGUGGAAGAAGCUACAGCAGAUCCCCACCAUAUCGUGGUUCACGCCGUGAUUCUCCUCGUCGCCGAGACUCUCCUUACGGCAGACGUUCACCAUAUGCCAAUGGUGACAUCUUAUUAGACACUUUGGAUUUGGAAUUCUCCUUCAAGCUUGUUCUCCAACAGCUGUCUGACUUAGUUCUCGUUAACCUGGAGUACUGUAGACCAUGUUGGCUUUGCUGUCUUCAGCAUGCUUGA